AUGCGUACGCGGGCCGACAUCCGCCCGCGCCAGGGCUCACGCACCGACAUGGCGGCGGCCGAGGGUGGCGGCGGUGGUAGUGGGGUGCGGCCGGACGUCGCGGUGCAACGGGCAGAGCUGGGGCCGCUGCUGGCUACAGCCCUCAGGCCCGGGGAGUCCUGGUACUUGGUGGACAACCGUUGGUUUAAGCAGUGGAAGAAGUACGUAGGCUUCGACAGCUGGGACAUGUUCGGCGUGGGUGAUCCCAGCCUCUUCCCUGGGCCUGUUGACAACUCGGAGCUCUUUGGCGAUCCAAAAACUCAGAGUUUAAAAGAACACCUCAUUGAUGAGCUAGAUUAUGUGUUGGUUCCAACCGAAGCCUGGGAUAAGCUAGUGAUGUGGUAUGGCUGCAUGGAUGGACAGCAACCUAUUGUGAGAAAAGUAGUGGAAUAUGGUCUGUUUGUGAAGCACUAUAAGGUUGAAGUUUAUCUUCUUGAGCUGAAACUGUGUGAGAGCAGUGAUCCUGACAAUGUAAUCAGCUGUCACUUUAGCAAAGCCGAUACUGUUGCUACCAUCGAGAAAGAAAUGAGAAAACUAUUUAAUAUCCCUGCUGAGAAGGAAACUAGGUUAUGGAACAGGUAUAUGAGUAACACUUACGAGCAGCUCUGCAAGCUGGAUAGCACAGUCCAAGAUGCAGGGCUCUAUCAGGGUCAGAUGGUUCUAAUAGAAGUGAAAAAUGAAGAUGGCACGUGGCCUGGACAGCAUAUGUUGGCAAAAUCAAGCACUGCAACUAGCAGAAGCUUUACUACCUCUUCAAAAUCAUCAGCAAGUUCUUAUUCCUCAGUGUCUGCCACUUCUGUCAUUACUAACGGUGAUAGCAGUAACUCCUAUGGACUGAACAGCUCCCACCUGGGCAGGGGAGGUUCUGGAUUUGUCUGUAACUCUUACAGCUGCAGGGAUAAUCCUUCUCUGUCACAACCUGGACUCUGUGGGCUCAGUAACCUUGGAAAUACCUGCUUCAUGAAUUCUGCAUUACAGUGUCUAAGCAAUACCCCUCCUCUGACUGACUAUUUUCUGGAGGACAAGUACGAAGCUGAAAUAAAUCAGAACAAUCCACUGGGGAUGAGAGGAGAAAUUGCAGAAGCCUACGCAGAGCUCAUUAAACAGAUGUGGUCUGGAAGACAGUCACAUGUGGCACCACGUAUGUUUAAAACACAGGUUGGCAGAUUUGCCCCUCAGUUUUCGGGAUACCAGCAGCAAGAUUCCCAGGAGCUCUUGGCUUUUCUUCUAGAUGGCUUGCAUGAGGAUUUGAACAGAGUGAAGAAGAAGCCCUACUUGGAGCUGAAGGAUGCCAAUGGCAGACCUGAUUCGGCAGUGGCAAAAGAGGCCUGGGAGAAUCAUAGGCUGAGGAAUGAUUCUAUCAUUGUGGAUAUUUUUCAUGGUCUUUUCAAAUCUACUCUUGUUUGUCCCAAAUGCUCUAAAGUUUCUGUGACCUUUGAUCCCUUCUGUUAUUUAACCCUUCCAUUGCCCUUGAGGAGAGAUCGUCUCAUGGAAGUCACCUUGGUAUAUGCAGACCCACAGCGUAGGCCUGUCCAGUACCGGGUUGUGGUGCCGAUGAUGGGGGCCAUCUCCGAUCUGUGUGAAUCGCUUUCCAGACUUUCUGGUGUUCCUGCAGAAAAUAUGGUGGUGACAGACGUGUAUAAUCAUCGGUUCCACAAAAUCUUCCAAAUGGAUGAAGGUUUAAAUCAUAUCAUGCCAAAAGACGACAUCUUUGUGUAUGAAGUUUGCAAGCCGAGUGAGGACAGCUCAGAGUAUGUUACUCUCUCUGUUUACUUUCGGGAGAAGACAGUGAGGCAAUCCAGCAAUACUUCAGGGACUGUGCUCUUUGGUCAGCCACUAUUAAUAUCUGUGCCGAAACAUAAGCUCACUGUGGAUCACCUGUACAGUGUGGUUUUGGAGCAGAUCGGCCGCUAUGUGAAACUCCCUUUGGCAGAAGAGUACUCUACCCCCUGCACAGACAAAGGAACCUGCAGUGGCUCAAAUGGUGUGGUUGAAGGUGACAUUGAAGAGAUGGAGCAUCAGGAUGGCGGAGAGGAAGGCAAGGACAAGCUGGCAGAAGCUGAUCCCUGCCACUCUGAGGGUUGUAUGCAGGUUGAGUCAGCAAGAGACCUGCAGCCUUGUAAGAAGCAGCAUUUCACUUUUAGCCUUGUGAAUUCCUCUGGGACCUCUGAGAUAAACUCCAUUGUAGAAGGAAAAAUCUUAAAACUCAAUGCUUUUUCUGCACUUGCUAUUGACUGGGAUUCUGAUACACGGAGGCUACUUUUUGAUGAACAGGAGGCACAGGCAUUUGAAAAACAUGGAAGUAUGUUGCAGCCACAGAAGAAGAAAGCUGUGGUAGCCCUCAGAGACUGCAUAGAGCUCUUCACUACUAUGGAAACACUUGGUGAACAUGACCCAUGGUACUGCCCUAACUGUAAGAAACAUCAACAGGCCACAAAGAAGUUUGAUUUGUGGUCUUUGCCCAGGAUUUUGGUAGUGCAUUUAAAACGUUUCUCAUACAGCAGAUACUGGAGGGAUAAACUUGACACUGUUGUGGAAUUUCCUAUCAGGGGUUUAAACAUGUCUGAAUUUGUCUGCGACCCAAGAGCAGGCUCCUAUAUCUACGACCUCAUUGCAGUUUCCAAUCACUAUGGAGCCAUGGGAGUGGGCCACUACACUGCCUAUGCAAAGAACAAAGUGAAUGACAAGUGGUACUAUUUUGAUGACAGCAGUGUAUCAAUGGCUUCAGAAGACCAAAUAGUGACAAAAGCUGCGUAUGUGCUGUUUUAUCAGCGCCGAAGCAGUGAGGAACAUACUACCCCAUCUCCUCCCCAGGAAGAGUAUGACGGCAUGGAUACCAACUAAGCAUCACCUCCAGCACUCAGCCACCACAUUAGCGGUUGCUCUUCUAAAGCCAUGCCUGAGGCACCUGAAAUUUUUUCUUCCUUCUUGUAGGAGUCAAGCAGAAAAUCUAGCGCUGAGAGAUUGUGUGCUGGGGGUUGCAGAGUAGCACUGGAGAGCCAGGUACUGAUACUUGGGUAUUUAGAGGCCAAAAAUAAUAUAUAUUGGAGCUUCAAUAAAAUUACUUUUAAAAUCUGGCUGAGCUGUAUGGCUAGAGGCAGGGGCCAGGGCUGAGCUGGGGCUGUGGCUGAGAGUUGCAGCUGAGAUUGGGAGAGCACAGCCUGAGCUGGAGGCCAGCUCACAGCUGAGCCUUGUGGGGGCCUGGGGAGCAGUACAGGGGAUAUGAUUCUGUGAAUCAGUGUGGGGGUUUCCUGCUGGCUCUGGUGUUGGUGCUGGGUCAUGCUGGUGUCAGGGCAGUUUGCUGCACCCUGCCUGAAAGCUCAAUUCAAAUCUCUGUACAUCUGGCCUGUCCAUUGCGGUCUCUGCCAUUGUACCUUGGUCACCUUGCGAAGCAGCAAAUGUUUCUCUUUCUUGUGACCCUUCACUGAUAUAUCUAAGGCUUUUCUGGGCAGUUUUGACUGCCUCUUUCAUGUGAACACUGAAUCCUGUAAUGUAACAAACUUUGCUGGAAGCAGAUCAUACCUGCCUAUAGUAUGGUAUGUGUGCAGGUUGAUCUACACAGUGACACAGGACACAGCUGCUCUGCCUCCCAUUCUUCUGCAGAGAAAAUGUCAUAUUUUCGUGGUUGGACAACUUCUUCUCUUCAUCCAUCUACACCCCUUGCUUCCAGGCUGCUCUGUAAGCACUUUUUGCCUCUACCACUACGAUUUGUGCAGUGGCAGUGUUCUUACCCGCCUUUGCUCAUUUAUGUGACUUUUUAGAGCUUUUUCUCCAGCAAAGCUCAGCAAUGUGUCCCCAGAGCUGUCACCUGUGAGGAUGACAGCCCAGCGCAAUGAAUUGUAUGAGUUCUCAGCUUUUUCUCUUGUGACUUUUGGAACUUUUUUGACUACUUGUUCAGCCUUUCUUCUCCUCACUUGAGCACUGCCCUUUAGAUCCUGCACUCCAUCAUCUUCUGGGAGGCUGCAGCUGUGAUGGUUCUGUCUGAGGUCUCCCUUUGCCUCAGCUGUUCAGUAGUUCCACUCCAGCCUUUUGGUACAACUGACAAAUGUUCUUCCCUCUGUCCUCCUUUACCAUCUGUGUUACUUGUAGGACACAAGUCCAGCUUUCUUCUUGAAUGAGGAUCUCUGGUGGGCACUAGAUCAGGUCAGUCCUCAAUGAAGAACUGGUCUUCAGUGUGAGAAAUGGGAAGAAUUUAGAGCUUUAGCCUGUGUUUUCCAGGAAAAGAUCUUGCUCAAGGUGGUGAACCAGACAGGAGGGUUUUUUGUUUUGGAGCCAAGUGUGUUGACAGAAUAAAAGGCUAAGACAGGCUACUGCCCUGCUUUUUCCCCCAGAAUGCAUGCUUAGUGCCACUCAAUCCUCUGUGCACAGUCCCUGUGGCUGCUUUGCUGACAGUGAUCUUCUCUUCUGAUGGUCAGUGGAACAGCAGUCAUCCAUUUAACUCCCAGUAUUUCAGCUCAGCUCCCUUUUCUGCAGCUCUUGGUGACAAGCCCCAUAGGAAGUUGUUGUGUGCUUGUGUCUGCACCUCUGCUGUGCUGCAGCUGAGCAAAGCCCAGUCAGCUACUGCUAUGUUCUGCUCUAAGCGAUGGGAAGGGAGGAGGGGCACUGAGCAGCCCUUGGCUGGGGCACUGAAAGAUGAGAGAAGGGCUGUCUUUAGCUGGCACACUGGUGUUGUGAUCCUCUUCUGUGGAAUUUUGCUUUUAAAGCAUUGGAAUUUAAAUUUUGAGGUCCUAGUUGCUUCAUUGCUUCUGCUGUUCAGGUUUGGGGGUGGUUUGGGAUUUUUACAACUCUUCAUAUUGUAUUUCUGUGAUUGUUUUUGUUUUUUAACAUGUUACUGAGGGGAGCUUCUGAAAAGCAAUUUUUAAGCUGUAGCACUGCACUGAAUUACUCUUAUCAGCAUGUUUUUAUUCAUUUUAACCCUGAAAGAAGACUACAUGGGCAUUCCAAAAUGGGGAGGAGAGGAAAGGGAGGGGGUAAAAGACCUUUCUAAAAGAAAAUCUAAUCUGAAAUAGCCGUUGUUCUCAUCCUCAUCUCCCCACCUGUGCUGACACCAGCAAACACAUCAGUGAGGAUAAAUCCUUGAUGCCCAGAUGCUGAACAGACUGUCGUACUGCAGAAAAAGUGGCCUAGCUCUUACUUUCUCUGCCCCUGAGCUGGUGGGCUUUGGCUGGUGUGUGUGUGCUGUAAUACCAGACCUGUUUUUUUAGACUAGCACUUUGUAAGUGGCUGGCUCUGUUGUACAAAGAUGAAUAUUAAAGAGUGGUUUGCACUAAAA